CUUCCGGUUCCGCCGGUGCCGCGCGGCCGUUCCGGGGGCGAUGGGGCCGCGCCGUGAGGGACCGGGAUGGGGACGGGGACAGGGACGAGGAGGAGGGCGAGCCGCCGCCAGCGUCGCCACAGACAGCGAGGAAGAGGCGGCCGCGGAGCAGGCGCUCGGGAGGCUGGAGCCGGCGGAGGAAAGCUCUGGCUCCAGCGACGAGAGCGACGACGGCGGGAGCGUGGCGGGGGCUGGCGGGAAAGAUCAGUCUGACAUGUCUUUUGAGGAACUCCUGCGGGUGCAGAGUGAUGCAAGGACGAGUGUGAGCAGGAAGGUGCCUGGUGGGAAGAAAACUGCAAAGCCUGCCAAAGCUACACUGAAGCAGCAACAAGGCAAAAAGGGGCCAUUGGAGAUGUCAGCCAAGAAGCCUGUACCUUUCCUGCGACAAGUGGUCCCUGUUAGGAAGAAGGUCCAGAGAGACCCUCGAUUUGAUGACCUGUCUGGAGAGUAUAAGCCUGAAAUAUUUAUGAAGACAUACAGCUUCCUGGACAGCAUCAAGAAGCAGGAGAAGGAGAUGGUUCAGAAGCAGCUGAAGAAAUGCCGGAACGUGGAACAGAAGGAGAAACUUCAGCGGCUCCUGAACCGUAUGACACAGCAGGAACAGGCACAGAAAAAACAGCAGAAGUUGAGAGAGAGAGAACUGUCUUUGAAAAAACAACAGAGGGAAUUGGCCAAGCAGGGAAAGAAACCUUUCUUCCUAAAGAAAUCUGAGAAGCGGAAAUUGGAGCUAGCUGAGAAGUAUGCAGAGCUGAAGAGGAGUGGAAAGCUGGAGAGCUUCCUGAACAAGAAGAGGAAGAGGAAUGCCAUCAAAGACAAGCGCCAUCUGCCCUCACAGAAGAACUUGUGACUGUUGGACAGUCGCGCUGUUGUCUGGCACUGGUUCAUUCUGCCUUGGCCAGGCCUGAAGGAUGGUUAUCCCUCUUCCCAGGAUCUGCCUUCCACUGUACAGUGAGCUGUAAGGCAGCAGAGCAGGGGCUGAACUGAAGGAACUACUUUUUUUUGUAGCUGAAGUAUCUGCUUUGCUUGUGGUUUAGAUCAUGCCUGGGUGGUGACAAGUGUGUCAUGCAGAUGCUGAUGGUGAUGACAGCUGUCUUUGCCCUUGCACCUGCUCAUUUCUAACUCCAGCAAGGAAAGCGUGAGUCCUGCCCUACACUGCUGGCUCUACUCCAGGUUCUCCGACUUCCACUGAGGCAGAAAAGGAUGUGGGACAAUCCCUGCUCAGAGCAGCAACCCUGACUUCAGAUCAGGUUGCUCAGGGCUGCUUUGGUGGGAUCUGGUAAUGUCCAAGGACAGAUGCCUUCACCUCUCUUGGCCUCUGCUCUACUGCUUCAGGUUCUCAAGAUGGAACUUCUUAUUCCCUCAUCCAAGAACCUGUUUUUACUUUAUUCCCACUGUCAGUCUGUUACAGUCAGAAGUGUUUGACCUUAGGGGAGUCAGUGCCUCUCUCCAAUAUCCCACCAGCCCUCUUGCUUCUCCUUGUUCCUUUUUUCCCCUGUCUGCCCUGGCUGUGCUGACAAGGGGAUGGCUCAGGUAACCCCAGUGUGACAGGUCAGAGUGUGCUGGGACAGUGCCUGGGCACAGCUGUGCUCUGUGGGUGGCCACAGGUGUUUGGGGCCUGGGGACAGCCUUGCUGGGAGCAAAACAUGGAGCAAGGAGCAGGUCAGCCAGCCUGAGGGUGCUGCUGAACCACUUACCUCCACUGUAGUUCCUGUGGGUGAUGCAAGUUCUGCUCAGGUGAGAGGACUUGGUGGAACUGGGGGAAGGCAGUAGACAUGGGAUGUGCCAGCUUGGCUAGAGACCUGCUGCCAGGGCCUCGCUGAGGGGUCACUCCUCAGCAUUCCUGAGUCCCUGUGUCCCCAUCCCCUGCUGCUUGUAGAUCUGGUGCAGCAGGUGCACCCCCAAAGUGGUCCUGCUUUCCCCUCCUGCCCCUCUGGAACUUAAAGACUUCCUGCUGUGGCCUGUGCCUGCCUGCAAGGAGGACAUCCUCGCUGGGAUGUCACCUGCUUCUGCUCAGCACGGUGGUGGUGAGCAGUGAGCCUGAGGCCCUGUGCCUGCCAGCUCCUGGCCCAGCAGCCCAGCAGGGGAAAUUAUCCAGUGGGAAUGCCCUGGGGCACUUCCCAGCUCAGCCAGGGCUGAGGUGCUACUCAGGAUAUUGGGCAGGAGGCAGCAUCACAGCACCAGCUC